UUAUAUUGUUAAAUGAUGAUGGUAUUUCUUCAAAUGUUCUGACCUAUACAUUCAUUCUUUAUGUACCAUCUUGAUUGAAGGAUUGUCAAUAAAUUUAAACGGAAUGAUAAAAUUAAACAUAGCACAAAAAUAUAAAUACUCAAAUAUGAACAUUUCGGUCAACUGGUCGGGUUAUAAGCUGGUACUCGUCUAAGGCAAUGGAACUUUCAAGUUCGGAUUUGACCCUUAAAGUUCGUGGGGGCCCACGAAUUCAUUGCUCCUAAUUACUUUAAUCAAACAAUGAAUUGGACAAAGUCCAAUAUAGAUCCAAAUGACCAAAUCCAUCAUCAAAUCUCUCUAGCAAACAACAGGGUUUUUUCCUAAACACACACGUUCUUAAAAAAAAUUCCAAAAUACAAACGUUAUAAACAAUUUCCCAAUCUACACAUGUUUGAACAAGACUAUUGUCGUCAAACGCGGGGAAAACAUCACCUCCUUUGUCAAAGGCGGUGAAAUAUUUUUGAACUAUCACUGCGUUUGUCGAAAGGGGUGAAUAGGUCACCGCUAACCUGUGACGCAAUGAGGCAUAAUAUCUGUGAAAAAACCAAAAUUCGCGCCUCACCGCAUCCGAUGGCUGCAGUUAACAGUCAGAGCGACAUGGAUCGUUGUGGUCCACGUCGCCUCGCCUGUGAACCGCGCCAGUUGGAUGGAGUGAAGCACGGAUUCUGAGUUUUCCUCCCAGAUCCGACGCCUCACAACGCCCACGCAACUAUCCUUGUCAUUCACCAUCCUCAACUAACGUUGUGAAUUCCCUUGCAUCCGACGGCCACAAUGACUUCGCUGGAGUGGACGGCUGCAAUGACUUCAUUGUGGUUGUCUUCAACGGUCUCCUCCUCCUAUAAAUUCAGUUCUCCCCUCCCCAUUUCAACUACACUACCACACUUCACAAUUCUUUCUCCCUCCCUUCUUCCACUCUAGGAAUUUCGAUUAUGGUCUGUGGUUGCGGUUAAGGCCGAUCCUCCAUAACUUAAUAAAUUCAUUGAUAUAUUUCCUACAACCCUCCUCUCUAAAAACCCGUUGAACCUCCAUACAGCUUUCGUCAAAAAAUGGACGAAGAGGCUCUUAGGGUAAUGUACUCACUUGCUUUUCCUUUUGUGAUUUAUUGUUUGUAAUCGAAAUAAUAUGAUUUCAUUCGAUUUUUUUUUGUAGAUGGGUGCCAAUAUAUACGAUACUUGAUUGUAUUUUGAUCCCUAGCUAAGGUAGUUGUGAUCUAAUUAUUCACCUACGAGGGCUGGAAAACGUGAGAAAUAUUCACCUCUUUUGUCAAAAGCGGUGAAUACUUAACCACGUUCGAAAAUAGCGAUGAACAAUUCUCUGUUUUAGAAGACAACGGAGAAGAUUCACUGCGUUAGAGUAAAUCAAUUUUAUGUUCACCUCUUUAAAGGAAAGCAAUUUCAUUUUCACUGCUUUGGAGAAAUGCGGUGAAUGCCUUCAUUGCAUUAGACAACCGCGAAUUUGCUCAAACAUGUUUAGAUUGGUAAAAAAAAAUUAUAAAGUAGGUAUUUUGAGAAUUUUUUUAACAAUAUGUAUUGUGGGGAAAAUUCCAGCAACAUUUUAAAGUGUAAAAAUUAGGAUAUCUUGUUUGCUCGCUACUCUCUUGCUCUCGUCUCUUUGCAGCAACUCACCAGCCAAACCCCCUAAUGGCGGCGGCUACCAAAACCUUCUUCACGCCUCUUCCUUCUCCCGGCGCCGAAACCCUAAUUCCCCCAACCCUCAAAUCCCCGAAUCUCCACUACAUCCCACAUUCUUCGGCCAAGCGCCUGCCUUCUCUGACCAUCAGAGCUUCCGCCGCCGCAGUUCCCUCCCCCUCCGACGGCGCAUCGCAUCCCAAGUCCCCCGAGCAGUUCAGGGUCGAGAUCCUCUCCGAAUCCCUCCCCUACAUCCAGCGAUUCAGGGGCAAAACAAUUGUCGUCAAGUACGGCGGCGCCGCCAUGAAAGACCCGAAGCUGAAGGCCUCCGUCGUCAGCGACCUCGUCCUCCUCUCCUGCGUCGGCCUCCGCCCCAUCCUCGUCCACGGCGGCGGGCCCGAGAUCAACCGCUGGCUCAAGCAGCUCAACAUCGAGCCCCUCUUCCACGAGGGCCUCCGCGUCACCGACGCCGAGACGAUGGAGAUCGUCUCCAUGGUUCUCGUCGGAAAGGUCAACAAGGAUCUGGUCAACCUCAUGAACAAAGCCGGCGGCACCGCCGUCGGCCUCUCCGGCAUGGACGGGCGGCUCCUCACGGCGAGGCCCAACCCUAACUCGGCCCAAUUGGGCUUCGUAGGCGACGUGGACCGGGUCGACCCGACAAUGCUUUAUCCGCUAAUCAACAACGGUCAUAUCCCGGUGAUCGCCUCGGUGGCCGCUGACGAGGCAGGGCAGUCGUACAACAUCAACGCCGACACGGUGGCGGGCGAGCUGGCGGCCGCACUAGGGGCCGAGAAGCUGAUCCUGCUCACCGACGUGGCGGGGAUACUGGAGGAUAGGGAUGAUCCGAACAGCUUGGUGAAGGAGACGGACAUUGAAGGGGUGAAGAAGCUGAUUGCGGAGAAGAAGGUCGCCGGAGGAAUGAUCCCCAAGGUGAAUUGCUGCUUGAGGGCGAUAGAACAGGGAGUGAGGACAGCGAGCAUCAUCGACGGCAGAGUUCAGCACUCGCUCCUCCACGAGAUCAUGUCGGAAGAAGGGCUUGGCACCAUGAUCACUGCAUAAUCGGGAUACCCAAUGUUCCAAGUUGUAAUGCAUCUGAAACAGAGUUUAUAUAUUUUUCCAGAGAGAACAAGUAAUGAGAAUGCUGCAGAACUUCAUUUGGACAAUGCUGUAUGUGUUUCAUUUCAUACAAAUGCCAGCGAUUACGAUCGCUCAUGCUAGCAACGGGCAAGCACAGAAGAAAGACAACUUGGUCUUAUAUGAAAUGGAGAGUUAACAAAGAACCAUCAAAGCAAGCAAGAGUUAAAACAUAAACAAAGGAGAAAAAGAGAGACAGUCUUCUGAGUUGCAGAGGCACAAUUACAAGUAUUUAGAAGCGAGGGAAAGAAGCAUCAAAGUUUCCCACAAACUACUAACAAACUAGGAAAAACCCCCAAUGCCACCAUGAACUCACAAAAGCCAGCACCCAACCCACCCAGUCUAAAAUGCUUGUUAACUUCCUCCCUCACCCUAUCUGAAAUAAACCCAAAAGAAAGAAGAAAAAACUGAUACAUACACAUUCAUCAAAUAGUUCCAUACUGCUUCACUUUUUUAUACUUUCCCUUUCUUUCUUUUUGUGGCUUCUCUCUCACUUUUUCAGUGGUGUCCGCAUUUUCUUCACUUUUUUACCAUGUGUCUAGUAUCCUGGCGGGUUCAGUCAAUUGUCAUGGGCUGGGUCAUGCAACAUCUGAAGCGCGCCUUGCGGACUGUGGUCAUGAUCUCGGUUUCUGCAUCUUCAAGCAUCCUGACAAUGUCAGCAAAUGGAGGACGGACCUCAGGGUUUGUAUCCCAGCAGUGGGUCAUGAUCUCACUCAGCACAGGCAGGCAGUCGUUUGGUAUAACAGGCCUCACCCCUUUGUUCACCACAGCAAAUGCUGCUUGCACUGCUGUCAUGUUCUGGAAUGGAAGCAUCCCAGUUAUCAGCUCCCAGAGCACAAUGCCAAAGCUGUACACAUCCACCUUUUGUGUGUAGGGGCGGUGCUGGAUCAUCUCCCUGCACAAAAAUGACAAUUUCAAAACCCAUAAUCCAAGAUCAUUCGACUUACGCGUAUCCUUUUUAAAUAGGUGUGCCAACUAUAACAAAGUUACACAUGGACUUCAAGCAGCACUAGUGAACCAAUCAAAUCCAAUUACUUCAAGAGCUACACAACAAUCUUCCAGUAAACAACCUUGAUCAGAAAGUAACAAAUCAGAUAAAAAAGUUGCAUACAACUACUAACUAGGAACAGCAGACAGUCGUAAGCUGGUCUCCUGCUAUCAACUAAAAGUCAGCAGCAGAUUUUCAUUGGAAAUAUUCUCACCAAUCACUGACAUGCAACAAGGUAGCAUGAAAGACCAGCAUGACCAUUGCAAUGGUAGUUAGUAUCUUUGAUCCUUAUUUAAUCGUUUAUUCUGAGCAGAACGUCUUUCAUCUUUGGCAACAAUUUGUGUAUAAGGAACGUCAAAACAAACAAAUCUAUUGUCUCACACAUACAAAUUUGAUGCGACAAAGAUGGAAAAUAGUGGUCACAGAAUAACCAUUUUCCUCAAUAUACAACCGCUGGUUCACAGCUCAGAGUUCACAAUACCACUCCAGCAGCGACACUCUUGGAUAAGGAACAACACUUGCAUCAUAAGUAUUAUUACUUUUUCUGUGCAUCCUAGGAGGACUAACCAAAUUCCGGCCACAAAUUUGCUUUUAAGCAUCAAAUAAGGCAAAAGGACAAGUCGAAGUGGCAUAAACUCCCUACUGCUGCAGACUUUAAGAUUUCAUGUUUGAAGAACAGUCAAGACACACUUACCGACAAACUACACCAAAAGUGAGGCAUUUCAGUUUUUAUUUUUUAUUUUUAUUUGGUAGAAGCAGAUCUAAAUUUCUGACAGCGCGUAUAGUAGUUUCCAUGAGAGCACACAUCUAGGGAUACCCCUGCCAAAACUGGUCAGUAAAUUAUUAGAUCCCCG